ACAGUUCUUUGUACAGCAAUGGCCGGAGUCGAAGCUACACAACCUGCUCAGGUUGAUAUUUCCAAAACUAGCAGUGUGCAGACUGAAGGAUAUGACAAGAAGUGUAUUUUCUGCAAGAUUGUAAAUAAUGAAAUGGGCACGGAGCUCCUUCACUGUGAUGAAGAGAUCUCGUGUUUCAGAGAUAUUAAACCUGGAGCUCCCCACCAUUAUCUGGUUGUCCCAACCAAACAUGUUGGAAACUGUAAAUCACUCAGCAAAGAACAUGUGCCUUUGGUGAAGCAGAUGGUCGAAACAGGGAAAGCCAUCCUGCAAAAAAACAAUGUGACAGACCUCAGUGAUGUCAGGUUUGGUUUCCAUUGGCCCCCUUUCUGUUCUGUCACACACCUACACCUUCAUGUACUGGCACCUGUCAGUCAGAUGGGCUUCAUGUCCCGCCUCUUCUACAGACUCAACUCCUAUUGGUUUAUCACAGCAGACCAGCUGAUUGAUCUUCUCAACUCUAAAGGAGAGACAAACUGAUCACUUGGAUCCAGUUCUUGCACGACUUGACUGUGAUGAGGUGACUCACCCUUCUUGCAGAUGUAAUGUUGGAUGGGACACACGUUACUUUGCUGUCUGUUUAGUCACAGUUAAUGACAGUAGUUUAAACUGGUGACAUACUUGUAACAAGACAGUACUUCAUUUUUAGUUUUAAUACGUUUAGUAUGAAAACAUUUGGGACUUAAAGCCGAGUAGAAGCUUGAAUGAAGCCAAAUCUUUUUCUUUUUUGCUGCUUGAAACAUGUCAAAUAAAUGUUCAAGGAGCAUUCCAGUUUUGACAGUUUGUACUGAUGAAGUGAAUUGAAUCUACAGUAAUUGAAUAAAACAAUAUUUAGUUUACGGACCAAAGAGCAUACAGUGUGAUUCAGAUCAUUCUCAAGUUUAACGUCAAAAAAAUUGAAAAAUGGGUUGAGUAGAACAGUAGGUUUACUGAGAGGACUUUAAUCAUGUUCAUGAACAUCAUCAUUUUACUGUCACAAACACUAUUCAGCUCACAAGCUGUUUGAUUUCCUGUUAUGCACGACUGCUUUCAUGCCAUGUACUUCUGAUUUUAUGCAUGUGAAAACUGAAAUAUCUUGAAAAUUCUGCUACAAAAUGAUUGAUAUAAUAAUAAUAUAAUAUAAUAAUAAUAUAAUUUGUAUAUUGACAUAAUGUAUUUACUGUGUUGAUUACCUAAGCUGUGGUGUUCUUGCUGCAUAGCUGACAUGGGUCAAGCAUAGAGUACCAUCUUUAUUAAGUAUUAAUAAGGCUCUUGUAAAGUGGGAAGCACAGUGCACUUCAUGUUCUCAGCAAGCACUGAGUUACAAUGCUGUAUUUGUUUAAACAUGCGCAUCUGACAUUUGAUUUGAUGUUAUAUGUAAAGGUCUAUAAAGAUAUGUAAUGUGGAGUAAUGCUACUGUUCUAUAUUAUCAGAAUGUAAAACACUGCUCUGUACAAAAAGGUAUGCACUUUAAGAAUUAAUUUUGAAUAAAUAAUAUAAUAUUGCCUCUCAGGUCUGUUAUAAUACACAGAAUUUAGUUAACAACCUCUACCAAUCAGUACUUACAGUUCUCAUCUGUAUCUGCAGUAACACAAUAACAGGCAGAGCAGGGUUUAUUUUCUUUAUUAUAAUACCCUCAGGAGCACUUUCUAAUUGAAAAAUGUACUAUUGCUACUGUUGCCUUAUGUUAAAUCACAUUUAUUAGUUUGCAAGACCAUCACCUUAAAUGGUAGCUCAGACGAAGGGGUUUAUCAGUCCAUGCUUACUACAGUUCUCUACCGAUUAUUUCUCAUUUUAGUAAAGCAUUUUUAGUUCAUUGUGCCUGUUUAUCUGCCUAAGUGUGGUUUUGGUAUACUGAAUGUCAAACUGUAACACGAUUAUCUAAUUACAAAGCAUACUUGUAAUAAAUACAUGCUCUGAAGCAACCAGGA